GCGGGAAGCGGCGGCUGGGGUUCAGGCUAGCUCGAGAGCUGCCGUCCGCCCGAUUUCCACAUUGUCUCUGGUUGACUUCUUUUAGCCAAGAUGUCAGUGAAUCCUAUGGCAUAUGAAGCCCAGUUCUUUGGUUUUACCCCUCAGACAUGUAUGCUUAGGGUCUACAUUGCAUUUCAAGACUACCUGUUUGAAAUGAUGCUGGUUGUGGAAAGAGUCAUUCUGAAGAAACUAGAAGGCUUUCCUGACUCUAAGAUCAGUCCAUUCCAAAUCCGUAAGAGCACAGAGAAAUUUCUUCUCUUCAUGAAGGAGCGCUUUGAUCACCUCUUCAGCAAAAUGGAACAAAUGCUUUUGCAGUUGGUGUUAAACAUCCCUAAAAAUGUUUUACUUCCUGAAGACAAGGUCCACGACCAGUACCCCUACAGUAAGGAACAGUUUCAAACUCUUCAAGGUGAAAUUGAUCAACUACAGAAACAAUACAAGGUCGAAGUGUCUGCUGGACAGGCCCUUUUAGCAGAAUUAGAAGAACAGAAAAUGGUUCAGGCAGAACUUGAGAAGACCCUCCAGUGGUUUGAUGGGCUUGAGAACAUAUGCAGAGAGCACGGGACUAGCAAUUUAAAGGAAAGCUUUGCAUUCUUGACGCAAACUUCUAAGAAACUGCAAGAUAUACUAAAGGAAGUUGAAAAGAAAAACAGAAGAUUGCAAAAAAGUAGUCUCCAUGUAGUGUAAAGGAAGUACUGAAAGGGCAGCAGAGAAACCAAUAAGACAAUACUUUUGUUACAAUACAUUUUUUGAGGAUCUCUCCAGAAGCAUUUGUAUAUAAGGUUUUGGGGGGUUUGCCCCCUCUUCCUUGCCAUACCAGUUUUUGACUGAAAGCUGGUGAGUGCAAUAUUCUGGCAAACCAUCAUUUUCCCCUCCUGAAUUCUAUAAAUACUGCAUCAACAUUUCUUUAAGUAAAUAACCAUAUCCCCCUAAGAAUGUCUAAAUGAAUUGUCUGAAUGGUAGAGGUGAAGACGCAAAAUAAGUGCAUUGUAAUAAAGACUUCAAUUCUCUGCACUAGUUCAUUUAAGCAACCUUAGUAGAUAGGAAGCUUUUUCUUUAAUGUAGAAUAGGUUAGAAGCAUCUUAAGCUUAAACUAUUUUUUGGAAGUCAAGACUUGUCAGUAUUGAAAUGUUCCAUUUAGAAAUGUAAGAAUGUGACAUCAUAGUAAAACUUAGGCCUUGAGGAGAAAUACAUUUAAUAAAUGUUGGAGUUGGAAUUAAUCUAGACACUGGUGAGUGGUUUCUAAAACAGAGGGGUUAGUUAUUACUUCCAGUAUUUUAAAAAAAAAGGGGGGAGGGGGGUUGAUAUUCUGAAGGAGUUAACAGACAGGACAGAGGGCCUGGAUCUUUCCUGUUUCUUGUGGGAGCAUUUCACAAAUAUUAAUCAGUAGUCACAAACCUAUGUACAGUAGGUGAUUAUACCAAUUUUGCAAAUGGAUAGAGUUAGUUUUGCUUUGAGCAGGAGGCGCACACUGUACAGUGCUGUGUGUGAUAAGAGAUGGAUAUGAGCUACAGCGGAAUAAUUCAGACUCUGGACUGCUUUGAAAGUUUUCUUGCACCAUAGUAUAUGUCGUAGUGUCAGCACAGCAUUAUACAUUGUGUGACUCUUGCUAAAAGCAAAACUUAGUUUGCCUAUUUAUACAAUGGGUAUAUUCACCUACCUUACAUGGGUGUUGUGAGGACAUUAAUAUUUGUGAAGUCCUUUGAGGUCCUUUAAUUAAGCUUACUUUAUAUGGACUUGUUCCACAAUCCAUCAAAGUAAAUGUGAAUCUUUCCAUUGACUUCAGUGGCUUUUGGAUCAGCCCUUAUUUGCAUAUUAGUAUAGUAAAAAGAAGCUUAAUUUUACAGAGGCAAAACUUCCUUACUUUUUAAAAGAUACUUGCUUGAACAAUGUUUAACUUCUGUAUAACUUGAGAGC